UUAUAUUUUACAUGUAGGCUAGGGCUAGAGACCUGUCAAUAUGUACGUGUUUUGUUUUCUGGUAUAGGCGAAAAAUUGGUAGGAAAUAUGGAUUUAUGCGAAUAUUUUUAAUUAUAUUGUGGCUGCGCGUAUUAAUUUGUACUUGGCAGCUUAGUGUGGCGAUAAUCGAUACCUUUUGAUAGGUAUAAACUAUGUCAGAUAAAGAAGAUGCUACCAAUAAAACUGAACCCGUGCAAUUAGACGACGAAGCAUUGGAAAAAUUAGCAGUAGAAGAGCUGAUGCGUGAAGCGGUCCAAGGAGCCGCGCGUGCAGAAAUAGUCGGCCCCUCCGGUUGGAUCAAAGUCCCACAACAGAAAACCAACAAGCGUUUCCUAGUUAACACAAUACGCAAUGCUGUAAGUUCAAACUCAUAUCACUCGCGGAACAACUACCAUCGUUCGCACAAAUCACCCAAGCGUGACAGACAUCCAGAGCCCUCUAUCAGAAAAGACAAGUCAAAAAGAAAACACUAAGAUGGCGGAUUACGAUGUAGAUACUAUUUUAAAAGGCAUAUUUGACACCAAUGAGCCUGACUGGAAACCGGCAGAUAAGAUCCCAUUAAUUGUAAAAGAAAUUGAAUUUCUGAAGGCUGAUCUCAAAACAUUUUUAGAUAGCAGCGAAUAUGACAUAGAUUCUGUUGUGAAGGAGAGUACAGAGAUCACAAAAUUAAGCAAGGCGUUAGUGGAAGAUAUGGAAAAAUGUAAAACAGAGAUAGAAGAUCAGACAAUGGCAGAAAUUCUCAAAUCAAUUGAAAA